AUGACAGCCGAGGCAAACGAAGACUAUGAGGGUCGCCCGCCCUACAUACAUGCCAUGAUCGCUGGUGGCCUUGGGGGAACCACCGGUGACAUGCUUAUGCACUCCUUGGAUACAGUCAAGACACGGCAGCAGGGCGACCCUCACAUCCCUCCCAAGUACACCUCGCUCGGCUCUUCCUACUACACGAUACUGCGGCAAGAGGGCGUGAGGAGGGGUCUCUAUGGUGGCUGGUUCCCGGCUCUGUUGGGCUCAUUUCCAGGCACAGUCUUGUUUUUCGGCACAUAUGAGUUCACCAAGCGGAACCUCAUCGACCGUGGCAUGCAAACAAAUCUUGCAUACCUUACAGCUGGAUUCCUUGGUGACCUGGCCGCGUCCAUCGUCUACGUGCCUACCGAAGUCCUCAAGACCCGACUACAGCUACAAGGCCGCUACAAUAACCCCCAUUUCCAUUCGGGCUACAACUACCGCAACACCGUCGACGCCGCGAGGACGAUCGUGCGUACAGAGGGCUUUUCCGCCCUGUUCUAUGGUUACCAGGCGACUCUUUCCCGCGACCUCCCGUUCUCCGCCUUACAAUUCAUGUUCUGGGAGCAGUUCAGGGACUGGGCCGUGCAGUGGAAGGGGAACAACGAGCUUGGCACGCCUCUCGAGUUCCUCACAGGGGCGGCUGGCGGUGGCCUGGCCGGCGCAAUGACAUGCCCACUGGAUGUGGUCAAGACCCGCUUGCAGACCCAGGUGAACCCGGCAACAGACCCUGCUCGACCCUCCUCGUGCUCCUCCUCCAAGUCGACGCCGGAUGCUGCGAAACGCCUCAUCUCUACGUCCUCCCCAUCGACGCAUACCCCUCGGCCGGGAGCUGCCACGCUGGAAACGUCAUCGGUCAUUAUGGGGCUGCGCAUGAUCUACAAGACAGAAGGCCUUGGUGGGUGGUUCCGCGGCGUGGGGCCCCGUUUUGUGUGGACGAGCGUACAGAGCGGGUGUAUGCUCUUUUUGUACCAGACGUUGUUGCGCAAGCUGGAAGCGUGGUCACCGUUCGGGCUUGAGAGGGCGUUGUGA